CUACGGUAAGUUCGCAGGAGUAUUGAGGAAUCAUUGGCUUUCGUGCGUUGACGUAAACCACACGGCUUCUUUUUUUUUUUUUUUUGGUACCGAGCGGAGAGGAGAUGCACACGGCACUCGAGUGAGUGCAUAUCUCAGAAGAGUUAGAAAACCCCCUCAUACAGUAGCACCAGGACUGGGGGCCAAGCAGGAGGAAACGUAUUACGGGGACCAGAAGCGAGGGGACAAUGCGAGUCCACGUGCACACCAAGUUCUGUUUCCUGUGUGUGUUCACCUUCCUCUUUCAUCAGUGCAGCCACUGCCAUGGAGAUGGGCACAGCCAUCAGCACAGUGGGCAUCACCAUGCCAACCACAACCACGUCCACAGCGACCUGCAGAUUUCUGAGGCUCCGUACGUGAGAGGAGCCACUGUGUCACCGGAGUCCAAGAAUACCCAAGGGGACGCUCUAGAGGAGGAGCAGCGCUUCUACAUCCAGCAGCUGUUCAGGCGCUACGGCCAGAAGGACCGGCUAGACUUCCAGGGAUUUCAGAGUCUGCUGUUCAGCUUGGGUUUGGGUGAAGUGAAGGUGGUAGGUGUGGAUCAUGAGGAUCUGGGUCAUGACCAUGUAGCCCACCUGGACUUGUUGGAUAUGCAGGAGGGGCUUCACUCACAUUCAUCCACCAAUGAAGGCCAUGAUCAGGGUCACGGGCACGGGCACGGUCAUCCACACCACAAGCCCAGUGCCCAACAUCCACACACAGAACGAGUUCCUACACGGUGCAGCCAGCAGACCACUGCUGCCAGUCCAGCUGCUGGUGCACUUACAGGGGACGACCAUAAACACGAUCACGAUCACGAUCACGAUCAAGAUCAAGAUCACAAUCAUGGACAUAAUGCAGAACAUAAUCUUGAUCACACCAGGGUAAAGGAUAGUGACCAUAAACAUUCUGAUGGACCUGUAAGGGGCACACAUGACCAUGAUAAAGCACAUGACAAAGACAAACAUGAGCAGGUGCAGGUGCAGUCUAACCACAAGGACAUGAAUUCUCAACCUCACAGUGAUCAUGACCACGGUGAUGAUGACCACGACAACAAUCAUGUUAAUCAAAUACAGACCGGCACAGAGAUUCCUCCCAUCAACCAGGAACAGGGACCCUCUGCCCACUUGGAGCCGUCCCAAGUCCCUCAGAAGCCACAGUCCUCGCCUGCCCCGACAGAAAGCAAGACCAAGAAGCCCAGAAAUCCAGCACGGGCCAGAGGACAACGAGGGAGAAACAAAACCACUUCACCUCCCACAUCUACAUCUGAAGACCAUGACCACAAACAUGAACACAGACACGGUCACAGUCACUCUCAUAAAGAUAAGAGAGAAGCACCAGGAGUGCCCACCACCCCCACAUUACCAGCCCGGGUCCUGCCUCUGCAUCCAGGUGGAUUGUCACAUCAGCAUGAGGAGUGCUUGAACCUGACUCAGCUCCUCACCUACUAUGGCCUGAACCCUGAGUCACUCAUCUCCCCCAGCCAGUUCACCUACCUGUGUCCUGCCCUGCUCUACCAGAUAGAUAGUCGCGUCUGCAUCCGCCAUUACCACCAGAUGGAUGUGGAGCAGGAAGCCUUGGAGCCCGUCAGUUCCGUCUGGGUCUGGGUCUGGGGCUUUGUGUCCAUCACCAUCAUCAGCCUGCUGUCUCUGCUGGGCGUGGUCCUCGUGCCUAUCCUCAACCAAGGCUGCUUCAAGUUUCUGCUCACCUUCCUGGUGGCGCUGGCAGUGGGCACGCUCAGUGGCGACGCUCUCCUUCACCUGCUGCCUCACUCUCAAGGGCAGCACGACCACAGCGAGCCAGGGACAAGCCACGACACCAAUCUGGUAACAGAGUUUGAUGGAGUCUGGAAAGGCCUAACAGCUCUAGCCGGCAUCUACCUCCUCUUCAUCAUCGAACACUGUAUCGGCAUGUUUAAACAUUACAAAGACCAAAGGGGCAUGAAGAAGGUGAGUGAGGAGGGGAAGAUUGGCAGGAAGUUGUCAGAUCACAAGUUAAAUCGGCGCUCAGAUGCAGAGUGGCUGCACCUGAAGCCACUCAAUGAAGACCCCGACAGCACGGCCAUCUCCUGUGACAACGGUCACAACGACACACAGCUCACGGAGCUCCAGACACCCGACUCCCCCACUAACAGGACGCCGCUGGCAGCCACAAACUCCCAACAGGACCACCACUCACCCACCAAGGAGAACGGACGCAAGGCCAAGCAGCACAGUCACGGGCACAGCCACUCACAUGGCCAUGGGCACUCUCAUGGUGGGAACUGCCACUCCGACCAGGAGAUGAAGGACGCUGGUAUAGCCAGCAUCGCCUGGAUGGUCAUCAUGGGCGAUGGCAUGCAUAACUUCAGUGACGGCCUGGCCAUAGGUGCAGCGUUCAGUGCGAACCUGACAGGAGGCAUCAGCACAUCAGUGGCUGUUUUCUGCCACGAAUUACCUCAUGAGCUUGGUGACUUUGCGGUGCUGCUGAAAGCUGGGAUGACAGUGAAGCAGGCCAUUGUCUACAAUCUGCUGUCCGCCCUCAUGGCCUACGUUGGCAUGAUGAUUGGCACAGUUGUGGGCCAGUACACACACAAUGUCACCAACUGGAUCUUCGCCAUCACAGCUGGCAUGUUCCUUUAUGUGGCUCUGGUGGAUAUGCUGCCAGAAAUGCUUCACGGGGACAGCGAGGACCACAAGCGUUGCCAGCUGGGACACUUUAUCCUGCAGAACCUGGGCAUGCUGACCGGGUUCGGCAUCAUGCUGCUCAUCGCCAUCUUCGAAGAUCGCAUCGUUUUUGAUUUUGGCUUUUAGUAGAGGAGAGAGGGACGGGGGAGCUGGAUGUUUCAGUAUUGUUCUUCUUGGCCUUAACAUGCUUCGUUUGCAGUGUAUCGGCCCAGUCUUGCAUGCAGUGUGAGUCUCGUUCAUGGCUCGUGCCUCCGCUCCGAACAUGCAACGGUAGUUUAUGCAUAUCUCAUGACUCUGCUAGUGAUGUUUACUCUCUGCUCCACUGUCACCUCUCCUCUGUCAGCCCCAAUUUGUCUGCUCCUCGAGCAGCAACAAAAAAAAAAGGCUGAAUGAAAGAAGAGCGAGGCUGCACUCCAUCCAGAAAACACCACCCCUGCUCUCGACCAGUUAACUCCAUCUAAAAAAGAAGGGCUGUAGAUACAGAGGAGGUUUAGGACCCACGGUGGUGCAGAGACGCAGCUGUCACAGCCUAGCAGCUCGCCACCUAUCCAUCAUCACCUGUUGUUAAACGUGUUGUCGUCGUACCCCUCCCACGUCUUCGUCUCUUAUCCACCCUGUGCUGUGUCCCGUCAUCCAUGCCUCCUACAUCUGUGGUGUGAGUGUCCCAUCCGCCAUCCAUCACCAGCUGUGGAUGUCAUCACGCCGUGUAUCAAACAUCUCGUGUCUCUGUGUGCCAAGCCCUGGCCACUGGAGCAGCACCACAGCUGCUGUAGCACAGUGUAAAGAGACGCAGAGCCUGGUCUAGCUCGCUCCAACAUCUGGAAUUAACCCUUUAGCUCACAUUGCUUCACCUGCGAAAAUGUUUCCACAGCUUUUAAGCUGCGGUGUCAAAACAGAAACAUGUUCCCCUGACUACAUGUGGGAGAUGAUCUAAAUGACUCAGUGUUAUUAUUCAAUUGCAACUUUAUCCAUUUGUUAAUUUUGAGUUAUUUUUAAUUGUCAAAUUAGAUUGUUGGACUAAUUAAACCUAAUGUAGUUCAUAGUAAAAACUAAUGCAGCUGCCAAAGCCUUUACAAAUUAGCAUUUACAGUAAUAAUGUUUUUUUCUUUAGAAACUAGAAAUCACAAGUGUCUGACUAGUUUUUUUAAGGGUUUGACAAUCUGUAGCCAAAUGAGACAUAUCCUUAGGCGUUUAUACUUUAUCUCUCUUUACAAGAAUCAGCAGCUUCAAAAUGUGAAAACUAGUUAUUAUUCUUCAUCAGAAAGUGUUGUAGUUUACUAGAUUCAUUUAGGGUGCCUCUUUGAGUUCCUAAAAGGUGCUUUGUCUGAUGGGACUGCCCUGCAGUGGACAUUUAAUUACAGUAGGAGGUUGAGUUGUCGCACUAAUGCAGAUUUCUUGAAGUACUGUAAAUACAUGAGGUCUUUAUAGUGUCAGUAGCUGAGCAGAGCAGCUUAAAGCAAACGUUUGUUCCUGCUAAUAGUUUUGAAGAAUCACUGAACCUCCUGACAAUCGCAGACAGACCAAGCAAAAGACAGUACUCUUGUUUCACAGCAAGAUGAUGUACAGUGUGCUUUCAUAUGAGCAUUCCCUGCACUUGUAGUGGAUGAUAAACCCAGGUUGUCAAACCAGAGGAUCAUUAUUAUUAUUAUUAUUAUUAUUAUUAAUAUUUUUACAAGCAUUCCUCAUGUAUGUUUGGGUGUGAACAUUAAAGUCUGGUGACUGUGCCAAAACUAGCCCUAGUGUGGAAUUUCAGUGGCUGGUGCUUGACACCUCCCCGCCCCUGCCCCAACCCCCGACAUUCCAUUGGCUGUUCUGCUGCUCACAUGCUAAGCUAGCUAGCUAGCCCUAGCUUCAGCUGCUGGAGCACACAGAUGAUGUGUGUGGCUUCAUUUAUCCUGUCACUGUGUGACAUCCAUCGUCUAUGUCUUAACUGGCUGUAAGUCAUCGUCAGUCAUAUUGAGCUCAUGUUAUUGAUCUGACUGAUUCAUGCAUGAAGCAUGAGUGAAACGGUACAGACGUCGUGUUGAGUGUAAAAUUAUUUUCAUUCUUUGUACUGCAAAGUUAAAAUAUUGACAACCUUUGUUACUUUUAAAAUGAAGCGAGUGUGAAGGUAAUGAGACGUUGUUUGGGGUGUAGUGUAACUAGUGUUACGAGCCUUUUUUUGUUAGCUAAAAGCAAAUAUGCAGGUGGCAGAAUAUAGCUCAUCAUCUUCUAUAUCUUUUUACAAGAAUUUUUUUAUUCCAUCUUGUGUUCAUAUUUAAAUUUAGUGCAAAAAAAAAUAAAACGACUUGAAUGUAAUUUCACUCUGUUCUAACAUCAAAUAAGCUAAUCAUCAUCUGCUCUUUAAAACAGGAGUUCAUACUAUUCAGUCAUUUCUAAACUGUCCUGUCAUGUAUUUGAUAAGAGUUAGUGACACUUAUGACUCUAUGCCCCAAAUACAAAGUUUCUUCACUGUUAAUUGGGCAAAGAAAAUUGUCCAUAAAAUGAAAGUCUAUGAUUGUUCUCUUUUUUGCUUUGUUGUCUGUAUAUUUGUUUAGUAAUCUGGAUAUGAAAUGUAAAAUGUGACAUCCGUGCUGUUUGCCUGUCUGUGCAUUCUCCCCUUUACGAAAAGAAAAUAAAAACUCUGAAAAGA